AUGUCGGACUGCAGCACGGGCACGGACUCGCCGCGGGCCGACUCCGUCGACGAGCAGCCGCCCGCCGACGCCGAGUCGCCCGGCGGAGGCCAGAGCAAGCGCGACCACCCCUCGCCGUCGUCGCCGCUGCCGCCGCCCACUUGCAGCCGGAGAUCUGUGGAGAAGAGGGUGGUGUCGGUGCCGAUUUCCGAGUGCGGCGAGCGGGCCAAGACCAACGGCGAGGGCCCGCCGCCGCCGGACUCGUGGGCGUGGCGCAAGUACGGCCAGAAGCCCAUCAAGGGAUCCCCCUACCCAAGGGGGUACUACCGCUGCAGCAGCUCCAAGGGGUGCCCGGCGAGGAAGCAGGUGGAGCGCAGCCGCGCCGACCCCACCGUGCUGCUCGUCACCUACUCCUACGAUCACAACCACCCGUGGCCGGCGCCCAAGAGCGGCUGCCAACCCAACAAGUCCUCUCCGCGGCUGGUGGACCCCAAGCCCGAGCCUGGCACGCCGGUGGAGUGCCAGCCCGAGCACGGACCUGAAGCGCCGGAGCACGGGCCUGAAGCGCCGGAGCAAGAUCAGGAAGAGGAGCAUGAGCAGAAGCCUGUCAUCGGUCUGGCCGACCCCGCGGCGAUCACGACGGUGACCGCGGCGGCCGAAGAGGAGGAGGAGAGCUUCGACUUCGGGUGGUUCGACCAGUACCCGACGUGGCACCGGACGGCGCUAUACGUGCCGGCGUUCGACGUGGCGCCGCCGCCGGAGGACUGGGAGCGCGAGCUGCAGGGGGAGGACGCGCUGUUCGCUGGGCUCGGCGAGCUCCCGGAGUGCGCCAUCGUGUUCGGCCGCCGGCGCGAGCUGGCCCUGGCGGCCACCGCGCCCUGCUCCUGA